ACUUUGCGUUUGAUUUGGUGUAACAGUUUUGGCGCGUGCUAUUAUUUUUAUUUAAUAACGAUAAUAUAAAUGAAAUAAUAAAUUAAAACAAUCAUGGAAGGCGGGGAAUCUUUUUUGUCGUGUGCUGUUAAUAUUGAAUGGAUGACCCCCCAAGGAUCCAUAAUCAGAAAAGUCAAUUACAAAACUGCAUCACUUCGCUUGAUUAGAAACGAAUUUAGAGAAAUGUUUAUGGAAAUAUCCAGUGAGAGAAACGCUGCAAUAAGAUUAGCUUUGAAAGGCAUCAAUGUGUUCAAGAAGUUCAUGGCUGAAGGCAAAGCGAGCAUAAAAUUUCAGGAAGUAGGUUGUACUUUGUUUGUAUCAAACGCACCCCCUACAAAUCUUGUCUCCUUCCUGCGGACGAUAUUUGUGAAAAUGACUGGUGAUAAAGAUCAGCAGCAGACAUCCUCAAAACAGUCUAUGAGGUCUAAAUUGCUGAGUGGAAAAGCACAAUCAUUUGAAGAAAUAAGUCCAGUGACCAUAGCAGAUAUACAUAGCGCCAAAACGAAAAUACCUAAAUCGACAUUGACCACUCCCUCGCCACCUUCUAAGAAACGGAAGGCUGAAGAUAUGACCAGAGGUCCGGCUCCUAAAAAGCUGUAUUCUCCGUCACCGUUGACUGCCACUAGUUCCUUGAACGCUGAACAACAAAGAGUAUUGGAAGCUUGUUUAAGUGGCAAGAACAUAUUUUUCACGGGCUCUGCGGGCACCGGUAAAAGUUUCCUUUUGAAGAGAAUUGUAGCUGCAUUGCCUCCGGAUGUUACUGUGCCUACAGCUUCCACUGGUGUUGCAGCUUGUCACGUUGGAGGUACAACUCUUCAUGCUUUCGCUGGCAUUGGAGAUGGCAGUGGUUCUCUGGAUAAUUUGUGUGAAAGGGCCAUGAAGAUACCACUUGUAGCACAAAAGUGGAGGAAAUGCAAGCACCUCAUUAUUGAUGAGAUUUCCAUGGUCGAUGGAACUUUUUUUGAGAAACUUGAGGCUGUAGCACGUCACGUCAGAAAAAAUGAUAAACCCUUUGGAGGAAUACAGCUCAUACUCUGUGGAGACUUCUUGCAAUUACCUCCAGUUGUUGAGAAAGGCAAGACAGGAAAACGAUUCUGCUUCCAAUCCCCAUGCUGGGACAAAUGCAUUGAAAUUUGUUUUGAACUCAAGGAGGUGCAUAGACAAAAAGAUCAAGAAUUUAUUUCUAUUCUGAAUAGCAUAAGAAUCGGACGAGUGACAAAAGAGAUAAGUGACCGCCUCUUAGGAACAGCCAGACAGAAAAUUGAGAGUGAUGGUAUCCUUGCAACAAUAUUAUGUUCUCAUACAAAUGACUCUAAAACAAUAAAUGAUACUAAAUUAAAAGACUUACAUGGCGAAACUAAAGAAUUUAUAUCUCAAGACAGUGAUAAUGCAACUAAAGUACUAGAUAUGCAAACCAUAGCCCCUUCAAAAUUGGUUCUGAAAGUUGGUGCACAAGUGAUGCUGCUUAAAAAUAUUAACGUAAAUGCAGGUUUAGUGAAUGGCGCCAGAGGAGUCGUGGUUAAAUUUGAAGAAGGCUUUCCUGUUGUAAGAUUUAAAAAUAAAAAAGAGUAUACCGCUAGGACUGAACGGUGGUAUGUUAAAAAUGCAAAUGGAACAUUGCUUUGUCGUCGGCAAAUACCACUGAAUUUAGCAUGGGCUUUUUCGAUACACAAGUCUCAAGGAUUGACUUUAGAUUGUGUUGAAAUGUCAUUGUCCAAAAUAUUUGAGGCUGGUCAGGCUUAUGUGGCACUCAGUAGAGCUCAAAGCCUAGACACAUUGAGGGUUCUGGACUUUGAUUCACGACAUGUCUGGGCUGAGCCUAGUGUCCUUGAAUUCUAUCAAAAGUUCCGAAGACGAUUACAACAAAUGGAAAUUAUACCCUUAGGAAGACCUUUGGCUGACAAAACUAAUAAAAGAGGAAAGUUGAGAGAAAUUUUAGAGAAACAAUUACUUAGAAAAUAGAUUAAUUAAAUAUUUAAGGUAUAAUCUGAUAUUUAUUAUUAAUUUUUAAGUAAAUGGAAAUUCGAAUGUAUUUUUAUAACUGACCCUAACAUAAUGCUUAUAAAUUAAGACUGAUAUUGUAAUAUAUCAUUUUAAUUAAUAAUUCUAAUAAAUAGUUAUCAAAAUCAGA